UAGGGACAAAAGAAAGAAGAAAGCCUAUAAAGGCGCAGCGUGCAAGGAGCUCGAGGCACCCACGCCACGCUCGCGCUCAAAGCCUGGUCGGUAACAGAGCCAAGGUGCCAUUUCUCGACCUCCCGCUUGGUUCUGGAGCUCAUCAUCAUCGCCCCUCGGCCUCCUAAGCCUCGCUUCAACUGUCUGCUCUCCUCAGUUCGUCUCCUGCGAAUGCACGCUCGCUAGCCAUUCUUCUGUCUCUAGCGAUCCAGCCACGAGCUGCUUCCGUAUCCUUCAUGUUUACUUCCUUACUGUCUUGUCUUGUCGACGCAAAACCUUCUGUCUUCCUCGCUAGAAAGUAGAAACGGGUUGAUUUGAUCUCAAGUUCCCGGUUCCCCUUGCUCUCUCUUCCGCAUGUUCGCUUUGACCUCAACAUACGCUUCCCGUUGGUCUCGCACUUUUCGCUAGGCUAACAUUUGGAGUCUCGGAGACCUUGAAUUGGCUCGCCAAGAACAAGUCCUAUGGAAGAAAGCUCCAUGAAAAGAGAAGCCAUGCCUCGACUCCUGGAUCUCAUCCCGGACGAGAAAGAAUGGAGCCUGAGAGGAGGAGCACCAAGGCAGGGCAGAUCGAAAAACACAGGGUUCGGGAGCGACGAGGACGAGAAACUGGAGCUGAAGCUUGGCCUUCCUGGCCUCGUACAAGAAGAGCCAGCGGCCAGCUCAAGAGAGAAGAGGGUGCAUCAGGAGAGCCCGGCCCUCUCCCUUGGGUACCCCCCUAAACACUCCACGGCCACCACCGGAGCAAAGAGGGGAUUCCUGGACACGGUUGAGGCCAAAGCACAAGGUUAUGAGAAGGAGCAGGCGAGAGCAGCAGCGUGUGGGAAGGAACUGGCAGUGGAGGAAAAUACAGCGGCCGUCGGUGAGAGGAAGAAAGGGUGCUGUCCCCCACCACCACCAGCACAUGCCCCUCCUGCUACACCUGCGCGCAACAUCGGCAACAGACCGCAGGCGCGGGGAAGAGGGGCUGCAGCUCCAGUGGUCGGCUGGCCUCCAAUCCGGUCAUUCAGGAGAAACCUUGCAAGCACUAGUGCAUCCAAACAGCCCCCUGAACCGCAAAUCGGUGAAGCCGAUGCCAAGGCCGUGCUUGACUGCAAGAAAAGCCCUCUUGUAAAAAUCAACAUGGAUGGGAUCCCCAUUGGAAGGAAAGUUGAUCUUGCAGCAUGUGACAGCUACGAGAGACUUUCAUUGGCUGUCAAAGAUCUCUUCCACGGGUUUCUUCAAGUGCAAAGGGACCCGUCUAAGGUUGAACGUACACAGCAAGGAGCAGAUGAAAAAAUAUUUUCGCAGUUGCUAGACGGGUCCGGUGAAUAUACUCUAGUUUACGAAGACGGUGAAGGAGACAGGAUGCUGGUUGGGGAUGUCCCUUGGAAUGUGUUUGUCUCAACCGCUAAAAGGCUGAGGGUUCUGAGAAGCUCAGAGCUUUCCCAUGGUCUGAUUGGAGCUACUCCUGAGAGAGCAGCAAAUGGCUGAAAUGGUGACACCUUUCAAACCAUUUGGAAUGUUGCUCACUGAAGCCGCAAACUAAAAGAACUCCUAAGAAGCAGGGGAGACCUAAAUCCUGUGGUCAGUUUGGAGAUCGUUAUCCUUUUUGAGGAUUAGUAGUUCAGUACCCUUUUUUUUUCUUGUAGUGAGAUGAAUUAGCAUACCGCAGAUGCAUGGAGAUAUCCUGCCUAUUUUGUAAAUUAGGCUACCUUGUAUUUAACGCUAUAGUUCUUGAUUCAGUUACAUAGAUUUGGCGCCUAUUUUCUCUGACAAAUUUGUAACCUGACAUGCAAAUCUGUUCAUGACAAAAGAGGACCAGCACCUGGCCUGUCCUGAUAGCAUCA